AUGUUAUUACCAAAUCAGCCUGCUCCUAAUUUUGAAGGCACUGCCGUUGUUGGCACGGAAUUGCGUCCAAUUAGUUCGAGUCAAUUUCAUGGAUAUGUGUUUUUGGUAUUUUAUCCACUUGACUUCACUUUUGUUUGUCCAACGGAACUAAUUGCAUUUAGUGAAAGAGCUGCUGAGUUCCAAUCUAGAGAAUGUCAAGUAAUCGCAUGCUCAACUGACUCAGUCUAUGCUCAUUUAGCAUGGAUGAAAUUGGAUCGCAAAGCUGGUGGUUUGGGGUAA